CCUCCGCCGCACUCGCUGGAGGCGGCCUCGAGCGCUCGCUCGUUGAUGCCGUUUUGGGGGUGACCUGGCGCGGCGGCCGCGCCUCCGUGGUGGAGGCGUGUUAGUGGCCGCGGCUCUGCUGGACGUGGAGUGCGCUGCUGCCGGGUGAAGGGAGGCCAGCCGGCGAGACCCCGUGCGCAGUUCGGGUUUCGGGGCGCUGGAGGCCGCCACGGCCGCACGGAAGCGGGAGAUGUUGGAGCUGAGGCACCGGGGAGGCUGCCCCGGCCCCGGGGGAGCAUUGGCGCCGCCGCCCCGCGAGGGAGUGGCGGCUGGCGGCGACCACGAAACCGAGAGCACCAGUGACAAAGAAACAGAUAUUGAUGACAGAUAUGGAGAUUUGGAUUCCAGAACAGAUUCUGAUAUUCCAGAAAUCCCACCAUCCUCGGAUAGAACCCCUGAGAUCCUCAAGAAAGCUCUGUCUGGUUUAUCUUCAAGGUGGAAAAACUGGUGGAUUCGUGGAAUUCUUACUCUUACGAUGAUUUCGUUGUUUUUUCUGAUCAUCUAUAUGGGAUCUUUUAUGCUGAUGCUUCUUGUUCUAGGAAUCCAAGUGAAAUGCUUCCAUGAAAUUAUCACUAUAGGUUACAGAGUCUAUCGUUCUUAUGAUCUACCGUGGUUCAGAACACUAAGCUGGUACUUUCUACUAUGUGUAAACUACUUUUUCUAUGGAGAGACUGUAGCUGAUUACUUUGCUACAUUUGUUCAAAGAGAAGAGCAACUUCAGUUCCUCAUUCGCUACCACAGAUUUAUAUCGUUUGCCCUCUAUCUGGCGGGCUUCUGCAUGUUUGUGCUGAGCUUGGUGAAGAAACACUAUCGACUGCAGUUCUAUAUGUUCGCAUGGACUCAUGUCACUUUACUGAUAACAGUUACUCAGUCACAUCUUGUCAUCCAAAAUCUGUUUGAAGGCAUGAUAUGGUUCCUUGUCCCAAUAUCAAGUGUUAUCUGCAAUGACAUAACAGCUUACCUUUUUGGAUUCUUUUUCGGGAGGACCCCAUUAAUUAAGCUGUCGCCUAAAAAGACGUGGGAAGGAUUUAUUGGCGGUUUCUUUUCCACAGUCGUGUUUGGAUUCAUUGCUGCCUAUGUGUUAUCCAAGUACCAGUACUUUGUCUGCCCAGUGGAGUACCGCAGUGACGUCAACUCCUUCGUCACAGAGUGUGAACCUUCAGAACUUUUCCAGCUUCACAGUUACUCCCUCCCUCCCUUUCUGAGGGCAGUGCUGAGACGGGAAAGAGUGAGCUUGUAUCCAUUCCAGAUCCACAGCAUUGCUCUUUCAACAUUUGCAUCUCUGAUCGGCCCCUUCGGAGGCUUCUUUGCCAGCGGGUUCAAAAGAGCUUUCAAAAUCAAGGAUUUUGCAAACACCAUUCCUGGACACGGAGGGAUAAUGGACAGAUUUGAUUGUCAGUAUUUGAUGGCAACAUUUGUGCAUGUCUACAUCACAAGUUUUAUAAGGGGCCCGAAUCCCAGCAAAGUGCUACAGCAGUUGUUGGUGCUUCAACCAGAGCAGCAGUUAAAUAUAUAUAAAACCCUGAAGACUCAUCUCAUUGAGAAAGGGAUCCUGCAGCCCACCCUGAAGGUAUAACUGGACCCAGAGAGGGCAAGACUGAAUCGACAAUAAGGAAUUCUACAGAAAAGCACUGAUAAAUGAAAUUUUGUAAAUGUACAGAAAAAUGGUUGAAAAUGCACUAGAAUGAAGAUUUAUGGACACGAAUGUUCCUUCUCUGAAAUUACUGUGAAUAUUUAACGAACACUUGAUCUAAGUUAUUGAAUAAGUAGCAAAUCAUCAUCAAAAUAGCCUGUACUUUUUCCAAAGUGUAUUUUCUGAUGUUAACUUCCUUUCCCUUACUUGCCAUUUUCAUAAUUUAAAAAGACUGUUUUAAAGAAUCAAAUACUAUAAGAUGAGUAGGUUGAGGACAUCAUGAGAUUGCACCUGGCAGCGUGCCCUCUGCACAAAUAUUUACUUUUGCACUUGGAGCUGCUCUCAACUUUAGCAAAACGUUUUAUGUAAGGCACAAUAGGAAGUUAGUUCUCUCGAACUUCCUCCUCCUCUAGUUUUGAAGUAUUUUCUGAAGGGCUGAGUUGGAU